AAUCAUCAAAAACAAGCGAGGUCCACUAUCUCUCUCUCUUUCUUUCUCCAAUCUCCACCCACCCUAUUGGCACUAAUCAAUUAUAAAUCUAGGUCAUACCUCUCAAGUCUCAAGUCUGAACCACAGCUUGGUUGUUGUCAAUGGAUAAGCAGCAAGAGGAAAACAUAUCAUCUUCUCCAGGAAGAUCAGGAGGAGGAGGAGCAAAGAGAGAAGAUGCAGCAGCAACAGGCUCAGGAAUCAGAGCAGGGCCGCCAUGUCCGACUUUUGUAGGCAAGCAUAGAAUGGCUGCUGCUAUUUCCCAUCUCCAUACUCAAAUCAACAUUAUUCAGGAAGAGCUUAACGAGCUCGAAGCAGUAGGCGAAUCCUCCUUUGUCUGCAAAGAACUUGUUGCGAGCAUUGAAUCUGUUUCUGAUCCCCUGCUUCCAUGGAGUAAAGGAGCACCUGAAGCGGGCUGGGAUAGGUGGUUCAGAGGAGCACACAACACCAGAAAUAACAAUCGCUGGAUCUAAGAAUGGGCAAACCAAUUUCUCUCCCAAAUAUGUCUUCUUAUUUUUUGUACAUUUUGCAUUACCUUGAUCAUAAUGUUUCGAACAACAAAUUGGGAAGAAUGUAUUGGGAUACAAAACAGCAAAUAUAAAUUCGGGGAAGUUUUGCCUAUGAACGAGGCUAUUUAGAUCUUUUUUGGCUCCUGUAAUUGAAUAAAACCAGUGCACGAUUGCUUUCAUCAACCUUCUGGAGGAACUAACACAUGAAAAUCGAUUUAUUAAUACUCAAAGGCUUACUGGUACAAUGAUGAGUAACCGCAGAAGUUAUUAGCUACUGAAUAAAGAAGCAUCACACUCGAAACACUUUUCACAACAUGUACAUUUGGACAAAAGAUUAAAAAGGCACGCUAACAUCCUUAUGAACAGAAAAAUGACCAGGACUGGAUAGAACAAGAACACUCAGACCACGAGACACAUCCUCUUACGGGGUAGGGGAAGGGAGAGGGCGAUCUACUUUACACAUUGGACCAGCCUUCUUAGGUGCAGGAAGCUCACCAAUACUAGGUUCAAGAACUGCUUCU